AUGGGAAGACCAAGGAUAAGAUUUUCACCCAUUAAAGUUCCGGGUGACAUUGUUGAGGAGACAGAAGGUAGGUCACGGAAGGUUGCCGAAUCCCCUGUCUCACAUGGAGUUAAUCCUAGUGUUGAUUUAGAAGAUGACGGUGGAUACAAGAGUGAAGAGAGUUAUAACUACGAAGAAUUGGACUCCAGUUUCUUAUCGCCGAUCACGGGGCGUCAAGAUGUUGAAGAAGGUGAAUUUGAUGAAGAUGAGUACGAGGGAAGUGUUCUGAAAGAGAAACCAGAGGAAACGAAGGAGUUAAAGCCGAAGGAAUUAAAGCCAAAGGAAUUAAAGCCAAAGGAAUUAAAGCCAAAGGAAUUAAGGCCAAAGGAACUAGGACCAAAGGUACGAAAGGAAACAGACAAACCAAUACAGCAAAUAGAACAAAAAGUACCAUCGUUAUUAAUGGAAGAGCCUGUAUCCAAGUUGGAAGUUACACGACCGAAGUCACCAGAACCCCCUUUUCCUGAGAGUGAUCCAAUCAAUGAGUCAGAUGUUGAUGCAGAAAGCACAAUCAUCAAGGUGACACAAUUUAUAGGUGAGAAGAGAAGACUGUUGGAGGAUAAUGACAAGAAGAUUGAGAGCAUUACGAAACCGAGAGGAAAAAAGAGAACUAGAGAUGAUGAAAAGGGUCAAAAGUCAAAGAAAAGGUCACAUGGGACGAAGCAGGAUGUUGUUUCGUAUUGUAGUUCGACCUCUGAUUGGACCAGUGAGCAAUGGACUAGAUUGUACAACUAUCUCGGACGAUGGAGGCUUACUAAGGAUUCAAGUAUGAUGAAAGUGGAUAGACUAGAGACGAAAUUUGGGUGCGAUAUCGAAGAGCUUGAAGUUAGAGUAAGAACCCUUCGAAAUCUGGUUGAUAGGAAGAAACGAGAUAUGUUUAGACAGCAUCUCGAUCAGUUGUUCUUUCAGCAGUCGAAAUGA